AUGGAGUACACAUCCGAUAAAGAAAAGCCCUACGGGCCGGGCGAAGACCCAAUGCAGAAGCUCGACGAAGAGAGCGGUAGCGAUGGUAUUGAUGAGUUCAAGUCACCGCCGCCAUCGCCCACUAAGCCGACGGGUCCCCCGAAUGGAGGCUUGAAAGCCUGGAUGCAAGUUCUUGGCUCGUUUUUCAUUUAUUUCAACACAUGGGGACUGGUUGCCAGCUUUGGUACCUUCCAGGUCUACUACGAGGGUCACCUCCUGAAGGAACACAGCUCUUUCGCUAUUUCCACAAUUGGCUCGUUGCAGAGUUUCCUAAUGGUGUUCCUGGGUCUCUUUGCCGGCCCCAUCUUUGAUUUGGGAUACGCCAAGCAACUCCUUUGGGUGGGAACCACGUUGAUCGUCACCGGGUCCAUCCUCCAAAGUCUCAGCCACAAUCUUUGGCAACUCUUGUUGACACAAGGUCUUUGUGUCGGCGUUGGACAGGGAAGUUUGGCUGUGCUAGGAGUUGCUAUCUUAUCGCCAUGGUUCACUACUAAGCUACCCAUGGCAACCGGUAUUGCAGCAGCUGGAAGCGGUGUUGGCGGAUCGAUCCAGCCAGAAAUUGGCUUCCGCUGGACUGUGCGCACCAUGGCGCUGAUCGCGCUCACAACUCUCAGCAUUUCCAUCGUGACCAUGGAACCGCCCAAACCAUCGGCCUUCAGAAGACCCUUAAUUGACCGCACUGCCUUCAAAGACGCCCCAUACCUACUGUUCGUAGGCGCCUGCUGCCUCGUGUUUCUUGGCAUGUACACUCCAUUUGUCUACAUUCCGGGAUACGCUUUGGCGAGGCAUGCUGUCAGCACCGAGAUCGACAAGUACCUGCUUGCAAUCCUCAACGGCGCAUCGAUUGUCGGCCGCACCGUACCAAUCUUAUUCACCGCUCAACUCGGUCGGAUGAACAUGCUCAUUGUCGCAGUAGCGGCCUUAUCUAUCUCGGCAUUCUGUCUCUCGGCAGUCACUCACACUCCUGCGUUGUUGGUGACGGUCAUCUUCUAUGGAACUAGCAGCGGAGCCUUUUUCUCUCUGCAACCGGCUACGUUUUCUCUUCUCACGGAGGACAAGAAGUACAUCGGAACCAGACUUGGCAUGGCAUACGCCGUGAUGUCUGUUGCUCUGUUGCUGGGUUCUCCCGUUGGCGGCGCACUCGUGCGCUCUGUCGGCUACGUUAGCGCUUGGAUCUGGGCAGGAGUGACCCUUGGGCUGGGUAGCAUUACAAUCGCAUGUUCGCGAGGCAUGGCAACUAAGUGGGAUUGGAAGAAAACACUUUAG